UCUAUGUUUUUGUUAUCACGCUGAAACUAUCCACUCCUCCAGUGAUUGGUGGUUCAAAGGGGGGCGUUAACUCAGCUGACUAGCGUUUUAGGCAACUCAUUGCUGUAUUGUAUACUUUGCAGCUUUACGUGUGUUGUGUUGAAAGUCAGAAAGUACAGAUACGGUGAUGGGUUGGAACUGUUCUACCCGUAGAUCUGUGUGUUAAGUGCGUCGACGGUAUUUAUUUUUUGUCGUGAAGAGUAUUUCCUGAAAUCGGAUGUGACGGGGUUGCCUUUCUAGUUUCCUUUAUUGAUUUGAUCAGUAAGUACUGAAGUAUGUUCUCCAUCGCUGAAAGUUUUGUCUCCAUUGCCGUUAUUUUCUGACACAUACGGUACUGUCUUGAAACUUGAAACAUACAGCUCUGAAAUUAUGUCUUCCGAGCGAAGUGAAUUGCCCACAACAUCAAAGUGGAAAAAAGAAAUUAAGAUUGUGGGGUGGAAAUAUGCCUUGUCUGCCGCUGCUUCAACCAUAGCGGAAACAGUAACUUUUCCUUUGGAUCUGACCAAAACUAGACUUCAAAUACAGGGUGAACAUGCUAACACUGCUGCAAAUGGCACAGUUUCUGUGCGAAACCGUGGAAUGGUUAGAACCGCUGUUGGUAUUGUCCAAGAAGAAGGUAUUACUAAACUGUGGCAGGGACUACCACCUGCUGUUUACCGCCAUUUAAUAUACACUGGAGUUCGAAUGGGUGCGUAUGAACAAAUCCGUGAAAUUUUGGGAAGAAACAGUGACGGUUCAUUUCCUGUUUACAAAGCCGUUAUUGGAGGGUUGUGCGCUGGCUCGAUCGGACAAUUCGUCGCAAGUCCUAUGGAUCUUGUUAAAGUUCAGAUGCAGAUGGAAGGUCGUCGACGUAUGGAAGGUCACCCUCCAAGGGUUCGGGGUGUGUGGCAUGCCUUAUCUGUGGCAUUAAGGACAGGGGGCAUUAGAGGUUUAUGGGUUGGAUGGGUACCUAAUGUUCAAAGAGCUGCCUUAGUAAAUAUGGGUGAUCUAGCGACAUACGACACUGCCAAGCAUGCUAUUUUACGCAACACCAAUUUAAAAGAUGAUUGGAUGUGUCACGGAAUAUCAAGUAUUUUAAGUGGAUUCACUGCGGCCACUCUUGGAACUCCAGCGGAUGUUGUGAAAACUAGAAUUAUGAAUCAACCAAGAGACAAAAAUAAUGUCGGACUUUAUUAUAGAUCUUCCAUAGAAUGCUUAAUGAAAACUGUUCGAAAAGAGGGAUUUUUUAGUUUGUAUAAAGGAUUUAUACCAAUAUGGUCGAGAAUGGCACCCUGGUCUUUAACGUUUUGGCUUUCGCUUGAAAAAAUUCGACAAGUAACUGGUACAGGAUCUUUCUGAAUCACUUAUUGAAUUUUUUACUUCUUUCAUGGGAUCUGUAUCAUUCCUAAUCCAUAUGUCAACAUUAUCUCAACUUUUUACAAAUGAAUGUUACUGCAUGGAAGUUUUUUCAACUGAAAUUCCUCAGGGCUUAAAUGUAGUCUAUUAUUCCCUAUUGUAUCUGACACUUUGUAGAGCUACCAUAAUGUUAUAUGGGUAUUGUACUAUCACAAUGCUGUUUAGUAUCAUUGUUUUCGCUGUUACAUUCAAAUAUUCCUCCAAUGGAAUAAAAGCAUCUUUCAACUAUGCAGCUUUGUAUAGCAUAUGAACUCGAUAAUGAGGGGUGCUUUGCUGUAGUAACAGACCCGCAAUCAUUUUAAUACUGUAGUACAGAAUAUUGAAUUCUCCAUUGUAGUCAGUAGUUUACAGUAUUGGAAAAACUGUAUUAUUAUUGGUGCCACCUAUCAGCAAUUUAAUGUGUUUUUGUAGUAAUCCCUAUUUUUUAUAAUUAUAUAUGGAACGGUCUUCAUAUUAAUUUCCAAUUUAUGCAAUGAAAUCAUGAUAUAUUCUACCCCAAAUGUAACUUUAACACUUUGUGUCCUGAUAUUUCUUCUCAUGUAAGAAACUCGUGCAGCAAAACUGUUUUAAACUACUUAAUUCGCCCAUUGCCUGUCGUACUACCUUUUAUAUGCUGCUCUGUGAUAUCCAUCUAUAUUUUUCUGAUAUAAAACUGCAAUUGUAUAAUUAUA